GCUUGAGUUGUCUAACAUCAGUUUCCCGUGACUUUGGGAAGGCUACGUGUAGGGCUGGAGCAGUGGCUGCUGCUCGGGGGCUGGCUAUGUACUCUACAGAGUUUGUGUUUGUUUCCUGAAGCUGCGAGCUCAGACCUGACCAUGUUUGGGCAUAGAGCCUUGACCCACACGGGACCAAGGGCUGCUUCCCUGGAGACAGUUGGGAGGCCAAACUUUCUGCUGCGGCUGGGAGGCCUUUUUUGGGGUGGGGGUAAGAGGCUGGGAAGAAAGAAACUAUCUGCCUGCUAAAACACCCAGGGCAGCAGAGAACUCAAUGACUGCUGCCCUCAGAGGACAUGGGGAAGAAGCUGGUGAUGGCCCAGAAGCGGGGAGAGACACGAGCACUUUGUCUGGGAGUGGCCAUGGUGGUAUGCGCCGUCAUCACCUACUAUAUCCUGGGCACAACUGUGUUGCCUCUCUACCAGAAAAGCGUGUGGACCCAGGAAUCCACCUGCCAUCUGAUUGAGACCACCAUCAGGGACCAGGAGGAGCUGGAAGGCAAGAAGGUGCCCCAGUACCCAUGCCUGUGGGUCAAUGUAUCAGCUGUGGGCAAGUGGGCUGUGCUGUACCACACGGAGGACACCCGGGACCAGAACCAGCAGUGCUCCUACAUUCCAGUCAGCCUGGACAAUUACCAGAUGGCCCGGGCUGAUGUGGAGAAGGUCAGAGCCAAUUUCCUCGAGCAAAAGGUUUUCUACUGCUUCUCCACGACUCGGGAAAAUGAGACAAGCGUUCUGUACCAGCGCCUCUAUGGGCCCCAAGCGCUCCUUUUCUCGCUCUUCUGGCCCACCUUCCUGCUCACUGGCGGCCUCCUCAUUAUCGCCAUGGUGAAGCUCAACCGCUCCCUCUCCAUCCUGGCUGCCCAGAGGUAGGCUGACCUGCAUCCUGCCAUGUGCUCACAGCGGACUGCGGGGGUCCCUGGGGCUGCUCCCCACCUCAACGGCCAUCUCUCCCCAAGCCAUCCCCUCCGUUAUUGUGCAGCUGGCCUUUGGGAAAUCUAUUAAGUGAAUUUCCUGCUCCAGAAUGUACCGUGGCUCCCUAGUGCCUCUGAGGGGAAGCUAGGUAGUAACAGCUCUCCCCUACCUGCCCUUACUUGUUUCCCACUGUGUCACUCUGUACCCACAAAUGACCAGGACCAAGACCUACCUCUGUGCCAAUGUCUUCCCUAUUGGCUCAAAAGCCUGUCUACUCUGUCAGGAAGUUCUCCUUAGAAAACCUUAGUGCCAGCAGGGGAUAUAGCUCAGUGGCAGAAGUGCCCGCAAGUAUAAGGUCCUGAGCUUGAGCCCCUGUACCACAUAAAACAAAACAAAACAAAUGUACCUUAGUUUCUUCUUUCAGUUCUACAACAAACACAGUAUCAACUCCUGUUAGCAGGACACGCUUAGCAUUCCGUUUUUCUUUUUAGGACACUAAGUCUUAUAUAACUUUUUUUAUUCUGAUAUUUUAAAAUACUUUGUUCCUCACUGUUCACCAAGAGCCAGCUUCAAGAUCCUCUCCUGAUGCCCAAAUCUGCACAUGCUCCAGUCCCUGAUCUAAAUAGCAUCAUAUUUCUAUGUAGCCUAUACAUACCCUCACAUAUGCUUGAAAUCAUCUCUAGAUGAAGAAUAAGAUUCAGUGCAAUUUAAAUGUUGUGUGAACAGUUGUAACACCAGGCUGUUUAGGGCAUACUAAGGACAAGAAUGUCUGUCCAUGUUCAGUACAGAUGCAAUUUCCCCCCAAAUACUUUCAAUCUGCUGUUCACUGUGCCACUGUCGUGGAGCCUGCUGACUGUACACACAAAGUAAUAAGCUCAGCAAAUAAAGCAGAACAAAUAAAAA